UACUGGCUGUGGGAUGGGAAGUGAAGCCCCAGCGAGCGGCUGCGGCGGGGCGGUGCGGAGCAGCCAGCGGGAGGCGGCGGCGGCGGCGAGGCGGUGAGCAGCCGAGAGAGCUCGGAGCCGGGCGGAGGGAGCACCUGCAGGCACAGGCGGCGGCUCCACCAUGGCGAUUCGCAAGAAGAGCAACAAGAACCCGCCGCUGCUGAGCCACGAAUUCGUGCUGCAGAAUCACGCGGACAUCGUCUCUUGCCUGGCGAUGCUCUUCCUGCUGGGGCUUAUGUUCGAGAUAACAGCAAAAGCAGCCAUCAUCUUUGUUGCUCUUCAGUAUAAUGUUACCCGCCCUGCAACAGAAGAACAAGCUACUGAAUCAGCGUCCUUAUAUCAGUAUGGUAUCAAAGACUUGGCUACAGUUUUCUUCUACAUGCUAGUGGCGAUAAUUAUUCACGCCAUAAUUCAGGAGUAUGUGUUGGAUAAAAUUAACCGACGGAUGCACUUCUCCAAAACGAAGCACAGCAAGUUUAAUGAGUCUGGCCAGCUCAGUGCAUUCUACCUUUUUGCCUGCGUGUGGGGCACGUUCAUUCUCAUCUCCGAAAACUAUAUCUCAGACCCAACUAUCCUGUGGAGAGCGUAUCCCCAUAACCUGAUGACAUUUCAAAUGAAGUUUUUCUACAUCUCCCAGCUGGCGUACUGGCUCCAUGCAUUCCCUGAACUCUACUUCCAGAAAACCAAAAAAGAAGAUAUUCCUCGUCAGCUCGUCUACAUUGGUCUUUACCUCUUUCAUAUUGCUGGAGCCUAUCUUCUGAACUUGAACCAUCUGGGCCUUGUUCUUCUGGUGCUGCACUAUUUCGUUGAAUUUCUUUUCCACAUUUCUCGUCUCUUUUAUUUCAGUGACGAGAAGUAUCAGAAAGGGUUUUCUCUCUGGGCAGUUCUUUUUGUUUUGGGAAGACUUCUGACUCUAAUUCUUUCAGUUCUUACUGUUGGUUUUGGUCUUGCAAGAGCAGAGAAUCAGAAGCUGGACUUUAGUACUGGAAACUUCAACGUGUUGGCCGUCAGGAUCGCUGUUCUCGCGUCCAUUUGCAUCACACAAGCCUUCAUGAUGUGGAAGUUCAUUAACUUCCAGCUCCGGAGGUGGAGGGAACAUUCUGCUUUCCAGGCCCCACCUGUGAAGAGGAAACCGGCCGUGACCAAAGGCAGGUCUUCCAGAAAAGGAACAGAGAACGGUGUGAACGGCACGGUCACAUCAAAUGGAGCAGACUCUCCUCGGAACAGGAAGGAGAAGUCUUCGUAAUGGAUCGGAAACUGACUGAUUAAUGUCCCCCAAAGAAUCUGCUUUCUACUCUAUCUUUCAUCACUAGCAAUUUUUCUUUUCUUGAAAAUACAGGUUAUGCUCUUUGAUUUUU